AAUGAAACAGACAAUCAUGGAAAUCAUAAAAUCCUUUUUCCUCGUAACAUAAAGAAAGAGUUUAAAAAAAUGAGAUCAAAAUUAGGCUCUACAUUUUUUCGAGUCCGGCGUAUUUUUAAAAGCAAAAAAAAUGUCUUGGAUAUCGAUGAAGUGAAGGAAUUUAUUAGUGACUGUUUUUCUGAUCUGAAGCCUCAGCUUUCUGAUAAUACAACCAUUGGUGAAGUAUUAGAUGUAUUGAAGAGGAAGUGCAAUAUCACUGACAUCAGCCCCCUUGAAGAUUUAGCCUCUGAAUUCAACAUAGAAGAGGCUGAACCAAUCAUUAAGGCAUUCAAAGAGGAAGCUAAGGAUUUCUGCAAGUUGGUAUCAGUGAGUCUUUGCCUUGGUGAGAAGCUACAGGCAGUUGCUACUCCAUCUCGCCUUUUAUGUGAAACCGUUGUAUUUGUGUUUAACUGGGAUCCUGAUGAAUGCACGUUGCAGGAUAUCAAUGAUGUUCUGUUUGAGUUAGAGCCACUUAAUAGGUUUAAAUACCGUUUACAGGUUGAUAAAGUUGGUACUGAUCAAUCAGUUGCAGUGACCUGCUACUGUCCUGCUGAAUGCACUGGCUCACUGAUAAUGACUGUCCUUCAGAAGAUAAAGAUUUUACAAAAGAGAAAAUUGAAUAAAUUUAUACUUGGCAAUUGUACUGUAUGGGAUAUAUAUGCUACUCGGGUAUUGAGUGAGGAUACAGAUCAUGUGAAGGACUUACUGAUUGCUGAUUUGGAAGCUGCUCCAAGGGAUAGAAAUAAAAGGAUGAUGGAGUUAAGAACAUUGUCAGAAAACAGAUUAAAAGAAAUAGAAGCAUUGCAAAAAAAUCUUGUUCAAAAUGAAGAACUGAUUUGUAAACUUCAGAGCCAAGUAUCAUCACUGGAAGAGAGAGAGAAUCAAAAUUUGAAAGAAACAGAAGGUAUUUAGAGCUACAUGUCAUGUAUUUAUUAUUAUCAUGUUUGGAUUUAUGAUCAAUGUUUAACUGACUAGUUGUGCUUUUAUUAGUAGUACAAGAUGUGGAAUGGAGUCAGUUUGAUGUACAACUCACUAGACCAUCAUUAGAUCAAUGUGAGGAGGUA